AGCUACCACCUAGAGAGAGAUAUAAUAGAGACUGAUCAUCACACUUUGUAUUAUUUGUGUGUUUUUAUAAAAAUCAAUUUUCCAUCUUCCUCAUCACCUUCCCAAGAAGAAGAACAUUAAGAAGAAGAGAGGUUGACAAUGAUGGGCACUGUCGAGCUGAAUCUGAGAGAGACUGAGCUGUGUCUUGGUCUUCCCGGCGGAGAAACGGGGGCUCCGGUGACUGGAACCAAGAGAGGGUUCUCGGAGACAGUUGAUUUGAAGCUGAAUCUGAACAAUGAACCUGAAAUCAAUGAAGGAUCUAAGCCUCAUGACGUCGUGACUUCUGUUUCCAAGGAAAAAAGUUCAUCUCCCAAAGAUCCCGCCAAGCCUCCUGCCAAGGCACAAGUUGUGGGAUGGCCACCUGUGAGGUCAUACCGGAAGAACGUGAUGGGUUCGUACCAAAAACCAAGCGGUGGCACGGAGACGGCUGCGUUUGUGAAGGUGUCGAUGGACGGAGCACCGUACUUGAGGAAAGUCGACUUGAAGAUGUAUAAGAGCUACGAUGAACUCUCUAAUGCUUUGUCCAACAUGUUCAGCUCUUUUACCAUGGGAAAAUAUGGAGGAGAAGAAGGAAUGAUAGACUUCAUGAAUGAGAGGAACAUGGCUUUAGUGACUACUUGGGACUAUGUUCCCUCUUAUGAAGACAAAGACGGUGACUGGAUGCUCGUCGGCGACGUCCCUUGGCCGUACGUCUUCUUCUUCCUUAUUAAUUAUGAUCUAAUUAUAGAGCUUAAUUUAUUAAUGAUCAUUUCCUUUGCUCAAAUAAAUUAUUUUAUUAGAAUGUUCGUUGAUACAUGCAAGCGUUUACGUCUCAUGAAAGGAUCCGACGCCAUUGGUCUCGGUAUGAGUUUUAUACCAAUGAUAUUGUUUUAUAUUUGUGCUUAGUAUGUCAUAGUAGUUGUAAAACAUGACAUAUAUAACUAAUGUGCAAAAUUUUAGUUGCUUAAUAACUGUAAAACGUUUCAGCUCCGAGAGCAAUGGAGAAGUGCAAGAGCAGAGCUUGAAGUUAAGAGACUAUAUGGUAAUGACCAUAUAUUUUGUUAACACAAUGAUCAGUGUUAAUUGUGUGUGUGUGUUUCUUACGAUGAAAAACAUUGUUCGAUAUCUACUUUUUUAAUUGUCUGUUUUGAUCUGAGUUAUAUGUGGUAUAUAGAUACAAUUUAAAUGCUAUUAUGUGUAAUGGAUUUAUUAAGUUAAAUAUGUGAGACGUUUGCAUGAAAAUAUGUAAUAAUUUGAACAUAUUUUGUGUU